AUGACAAUAAUAAAGAAUUUUAGGAUUAUUUUAACUAAAUCUCAAGCGGUCUUCCUUCCCGAACAAAGUGUGGAAGGAAUUGUGCAGUUUAACAUCGUUGAGAAGUUCGAAACUACGGGCGUGUUCUUGGAGGUGACGGGCCUCUCUUACGUCGUUGUUGAGGAAAAGCACGGUAAAUCUAGGAAUGGGGUAGUCAGUCAGCACACGUCACUGGAGAGGUACUGCCACACCAAGAUAGACCUGGCCACCAAAGGUGGCGCUGCUUUUCCAUUAACUACUGGAACUUACCAAUAUCCCUUCGCAACACAACUUCCGGAUGAGCUGCCUACGUCAUUUGAGGGUGAGAAUGGGUGUACACGUUAUUAUUUACGAGCGUACAUAUUACGUGAGUCCCAGGGCCAGCUGGAAUUUCUUCUCCCCUUCACUAUUAUCUCAGUCUUCAACCUAAAUGAAUCACCCUACGCAAUGAGGUCAGAGGAAGCAGAAGAUGUACAGAUGGUUAGUUGUUGUACUUCCGGUUCAGUUAAAACGAAGCUGAAACUCAGCAAAAUCGGCUAUGUUCCAGGGGAGAUAAUUCAGUUAGACGGAGAAUGUGAUAACCAAUCUCAGAAUGCACUUAAAACUGUAUUCUUGGAUCUCAUAAUGAAUGUCACACUAAAGGCGACCAACAAAGAACACUCUGUACAGAGAAGCGUGAAGACCUGGCAUCUGCAUGAGAUCCAAGGAAACACAACUCUGUCCCUGGACAACAUCCAGCUUGUUGUUCCGCCAUUACCUCCAUCAGGAUCCAGAUUCUGCAACAACAUCGAUGUUCACUAUUGUUUGCAACUAACAGCAAAAGUAUCUUCUGGGGUUUGUUGUAAAGUGUCCGUAGGUCUUAUAAUUGGGAAUUUGCCGUUAGAACUUGGCAAUAGUCAAUUUGCGGAGCAAGAGGACACAGAUGACAUUGGUUCCAUCGAAGCUCAACUUCCAGAAAAUCUAAGGAGCUUAGUAAGGAAGACUUCAUGUGUUCCUGCAUUUCGAAAUAGCGGCAUAUUUUCUGUAACCUUGGAUCACCAUUUCCCUUUAUCUGAUGAACAUGUAAACAAUCACCAUGUGCCAGUUCCCUUACAAUGCCCUGGAAUUCAAUGGCACCCGUCAUAUUUAUGCUUCGUUGAAAAAACCAAAAAAUGAUUUGCAUUUCAUAACGUGACCAUCCUAUGGAUGACAUUACUGGCGGAAUU